UAUCGUUUUUUUUACAGAAUACUAACCCUGAUUUAGUUUAUAGUGCAGGUGUAUGGGAACAAUAAUGCCUUUUGUUGUUGUUACUAGUGAAUGGGGUUUCUCCUUCGAAUAAAAUUCUUAUUUUUUAAUAUUCAUUUGGAGUUAUAUUUUUAUUUCUGAAGCAGUUUCAAGAUUGAUAAAAAAAUGAAAAACCAACAUCAGUCUGUCGAAGCACCUUCACUAGAAAGUUGUGCAUCAAAUCCUCCAAGCAAUGAUCCAGCCAAAACUACCUCUGAUAAGGAACCAAUCCAAUCAACACAAGGUUUGGUUAAACCCUUGGCUACAUUUUUCAUGGCAUUUGCAACUGUAAUGACUGUUCUUAUUGUUUAUAUGGAUAAUACAGCAAUGAAACAUUAUCAGUUUCGAAUGAAUCUUAGCCAAGAUUUUGACUUUUUGAGUGUUUCCCAAGACAACCCUCAAUUGGUAACCUACAUUAAAGAGGUGUUUUUAGGGCCAGCUAUAGAACCCCAUCAUAAGCCUAUUGAAUACAAUGCAGAGGAGCCCUCUGAAGAAAUAUCCUUUGUUUUGAAACUUUUGAAUAAUAAGGUUAAUGGUUUUUUCGUAGAAGCAGGAGCUUAUAAUGAUGGUAAAACUUCAAAAACAGAGUGGCUAGAAAAACGAUUAUUAUGGAAAGGAUUGCUGAUUCAGCCUGAUCCACGACACUUUUUCAGCCUUCGUAGACACAAUAGAUUGAGAUCUCAAGCAGCACAUGCUUGUCUCAGCCCUAUGCCUUAUCCCAAAGAGGUGACUCUUCACCAUGACCAUGAUGGCGUUAGAAUCAACGUUAUUUCUACAAAUGUUGUCGAGGAACCAGAAUGGUUCAAUACUAGGGUGAAAUGUUUUCCUUUGUACUCCCUUCUGUUAGCUGUGAACCGAACCUCGGUAGAUUUCUUCAGCUUAGAGUCCCCAGGUACUGAGUUGCAGAUCCUAGAAACUAUACCAUUCGAUGAAGUGGACAUUAAGAUCAUUUCCGUUCACUUAGAAAUGGAUCAGAUGAAAAUGAAUGUGAUCAAGCAAUUUUUGAAAAUGAAGAAUUAUUCGUUGAUGAAACGUUUCAACGAUUCCUACGUUUAUCAGAUCCUGUGAGUUUUUUCGAUUGAUUUCGAACCGAUGGUCGAUAAGAAGACUGAUAAGUAGCACAAAAUUAUUCUUUGUGUUUUGAAUUUCAUCAUUCCAUUAAUUUCGUUAAGUUAUUUAUUUCACUGCCUUUUGAAAGCCAGAUAUUUUCCCACUUUGUUCAGUCUGAUCUCAAUACGUUUCCACUCAUUGAACAGUAAUAAUGUUCAUACGUUUUUUUUGUUACAACAAACAUGACACUUCAGGCAGCUUGGGUGCCAGUUUUUUUUUUGUUAUUUCGGUUGUAUGAAAUAAUUUCUUUAAUGUAUGCGUUGAGGCAACUUUCGGUUUUUUUUGUGAUAAAAUAGCAUUUUCAAUAUUUGGAAGUGAUCCUUGACAAAUGUCGAAGAUCACUUUGAAAUAUUGAAAAUGGUUUUCAAAGCUUCUUUUGACAUAACCUGACUGUCACCCUUGACAUAUAAACAGAUGUCAACAGUGACAGUGUGGUUAUGUCAAAAGAAGCUUUGAAAAGAAACCAAUAGGUGGCCUGUUUUUAUAUCAGACAAUUAAAAAAACCUUUACCGAAAUAAUUUAUUCACUAUGUGAUCUUUUAUACCAAGGCACAUUUCUCACUCAAGAAGCAAUAAUUUUUUUUUUCUUGAUAUUUGAAAAACUUUUUUCAUAUAUACUUCUCAACAUUAUUGUGUUGAGAUAUUGUUACCAUUUGUUUAAGAUAAUAGAGCUACAUUGAAGACUGCACCGUAAACCCCUUAUUACAUUAUGCCUUUUUCGUGUUUAUUUUUAUGCCUAUUUCUGGCAAUUUAUACUAUCUUUUUUUUUUACUCUUGGUCCAGGGGUGCCAACUUUAUGAAGUAAUUUUUGAGGUCAAGUUUGGUUCAUAAAUUUGGAAUGAUUAAAAUUAUAUUUUCUGUUACAAUAUAACAAACAAAACAUCAGGUGAAAUUACAUAAAUAAUUAAUAAAAAUUGUGGCAGUCAUAAAAAUUGUGUUGGUAGACCUGACAUUUUGACAUUUCAGGGGAUAAAGUUCAGUUGAAUAUCAGGCCUGAAGGUAUACCCAUUUCAAAUGCGUCAGGAUCAGAAAUAGACAUAAAAAAUGCCUAGUGUAAUAAAAGUUUAACAUGAAAAGUAACUGAUCUGUGUAUAUCGUUGAUUCACUCCAUUGAAAGAUCAUUUCAAAAAUUGGCAAUAAAAAUAAAAAGUGAAAAAACGAAAAAAUGUAAAAUAUUAAAUUAGUACCAAAUAUGAGGGGGGAGACAAAAGCAAAUUCAAGUAGAUUUGUGCCUUCAAAAUGUAUUAGUUACUGAGGAAAGAAGACUAAUUUCAAGUAAAACAAUAAGCAGCAGCACUGAAUACAGUAAUUUGUUACUAUUUUUACGUCUGUUAUGAUCAAAAUUAUCAUCACAAAAGCUAUAACAAUGAUCCAUAUUUUUCACUUUAAAAAUAUGCAUUUAUUAAGUUCAUUUUUUAAUACUCUUAGGUAUAGUAUGUUAUACUGUAUAACUGUAGGAUCAACUUUAGAUAUUUCCAUCAAAUAGUUGAUCGAAUUAGUGCCUUUUAAGAAUAUUAGUAUUGUAGAUUUCACUUGUUAUAGGCAUUCCUAUCUAUAUUCGAAUAACUUUUUUUAUCGAUUUUUACUUUUUGUAAUGUAUAUGCAUUAGAAAUGGAGAUUUAUUCUCAUUUCGAGGUCGAUGACUUUUUUGUACUUAUUUUGAUCACAUUAUACUUUUACUUUGAA